ACCUGCUGCCGAGGAGGACCCACAGACAGCCCACAGACUCUGACCGCCACGGGCAGGACGCACAGCCAGUGUCAGCUCAGGCUCCCGGCAGGACCCCCGGCCCGGGCCCCCAUCUGUCCCCGGGACCCCCAAAACAACCUCCAGGAGCUGGUCCACUUCCUCAUCCGGGGAAAAGAGAUGAUGGAGGACCACCUGUCCAAGAUCCCCAUGAUGGCCUCGUCCUCCUCCCCGGCGGAGUCGUCGGGCAGCGGGGGCACGGAGGACAGCAGAGGAGCCAAGAGCCCGGCCCCCGGGAAGGCCCUGAGCCCGGCGCUGGUCUGCAGAGUGUGCGGGGACACCAGCAGCGGGAAGCACUACGGCAUCUACGCCUGCAACGGCUGCAGCGGCUUCUUCAAGCGCAGCGUCCGCCGGAGGCUCAUCUACAGGCAAGAGGGGGGGGGGGGGGGGUGCCAGGCGGGGACGGGCACCUGUCCGGUGGACAAAGCCCACCGCAACCACACCGCCCAGGUCCGGCUGGACUCCAUAGACGUGGACCCGGAGAAGGAGCACCUGGCCACCACCCGGGAGCCCCCCUCCUCCUCCUCCUCCUCCUCCUCUUCCUCCUCUUCCUCCUCGGGCGGCUCGGUCAUCACCUGGCCCCACAUCUCCUCGUCCAUGUCCAUCAGCUCCUCGGCCGCCCCCCCCCCGCGCUGCCUCAGCCCGCAGAACGGCCACCGCUUCAUGGCCAGCCUCAUGACGGCCGAGACCUGCGCCAAGCUGGAGCCCGAGGACGGUGAGUCCAGCAGGGUCCAGCAGGGUCCAGCAGGGUCCAGAGUCCAGCAGGGUCCAGAGUCCAGCAGGGUCCAGGGGCCAGAGUCCAGCAGGGUCCAGGGGUUAGGAUCCAGCAGGUUCCAGCAGGGUCCAGCAGGGUUUAGAGUCCAGGGUCCAGCAGGGUCCAGGGUCCAGCAGAGUCCAGAGUCCAGCAGGGUCCAGCAGGGUCCAGGGGCCAGGGUCCAGCAGGGUCCAGCAGGGUCCAACAGGGUCCAGGGUCCAGCAGGGUCCAGAGUCCAGGGUCCUGCAGAGUCCUGCAGGGUCCAGAGUCCAGCGGGGCAGGGUCCAGGGUCCAGGGUCCAGGGCUCAGGGUUCAGGGUUCAGGGUUCAGGGUCAAGGGUCCAAGUGGAUGAAAACAUCGACGUGACCAGCAACGAGCCGGAGCGGGCGUCCUCGGAGUACCACAUGGCCCUGUACCCGUCCAGCUCCGAGAACGUGUACGAGACCUCGGCCCGCCUGCUCUUCAUGUCGGUCAAGUGGGCCAAAAACCUGCCGGUGUUCUCCAACCUGCCCUUCCGAGACCAGGUGAUCCUUCUGGAGGAGGCGUGGAGCGAGCUCUUCCUGCUGUGCGCCAUCCAGUGGUCACUGCCGCUGGACAGCUGCCCGCUGCUGUCCCUGCCGGACCUCUGCCCCGGCAUGCAGGGCAAGACCAGCUACACCGGCCUGGACCUGCGCCUCCUGCAGGAGGUCUUCAGCCGCUUCAAGGCCCUCGCCGUGGACCCCACCGAGUUCGCCUGCCUCAAGGCCAUCGUGCUCUUCAAGCCAGAAACUCGAGGGCUGAAGGAUCCGGAGCAGGUGGAGAACCUGCAGGACCAGUCUCAGGUCAUGCUGGGCCAACACAUCCGCUCACACUACCCCAGCCAGCCGGCCAGGUUUGGAAAGCUUCUCCUCCUACUGCCCUCUCUGCGGUUUGUGAACUCGGAGCGGAUAGAGCUGCUCUUCUUCCACAGGACCAUCGGGAACACUCCCAUGGAGAAACUGUUGUGCGACAUGUUCAAAAACUGAACCCACCGCCCACAGAGGAACUCUGUCUGUAGCCUCCCCGUCCGGAUUGGACGGGACUGUGUCCCCGCAAACAUAUCAGAGAAUCUGUGUGUUGUGAUUUUUGUCACUUUAUUAUUAUUCGUUUUUGUUUUUGUUUAUUUUCGCUUUGGCGUCAGGUCAAUCCGGACGAACAAACUGCAGUUCGGCUCCUUUAAAUCCCCUCAUCAGUCAGUUUGUUUCAUAUUUAGAGACUGAUUUACCUCCGAGCUACUCCUCUAGUCUGUGGCAGUUACCUGUUGUCUCUUUUUUUUUAUUUACAAAGGUAGAUGGAUUGUGUACAGACCACUUGUGUAUUCAUGGUGUCAUUAUGAAGUAAAAACCUGCUGCACAAAAAUCUUC